UUAGACCAAAGCUUCUACUAAAACCACACAAAUAUUAUUCCACGUUGCAUUGCAACCAUAAAAAUACCCUAAAUUCCCUUCACGCAUUACAAAUCACCACAUCCUGUCCUUGAACACCCCAAAGCCGCCAACUCAAAUCACACACACACACAAAAAAAAAAGCAACGCAAAAAUGGGGUGCAAUUCUUCAAAAAGAAUUGAAGCAAAUGUAGAUGUCUAUCGUCCGCCGCCUUCAAGCUUUGCAGUAUUUGACAUCAACUCAAUUCAAGAACCAUGGCUUGUGGUGGACAAUUCAGCUCCAGAAAAGACAUCAAGUGUGCCAGCGCCGAUAUUAGAGAAGCUCAACAAGUUUGAAACCGAUGCUCCUCGUUCUUGGGAUGAGGUUAGCAAAGCACUUCAAGACCUUAAGCCUACACUCAAUAACAAAACGCCUAUUGCCACACCUUCACCACCACAAAAGCCUGAUACUACACCAGCUCAAGUUGCUAAAACCAACCAAGAAAAGAAGCAAGAACCAAUUAGAAAGAGUGUUUCUUUUCAUACCCUUGAAGAGUUGGAAGCAAAAAUAGCUCCAAAACCAGAAAAAGAGUUGAAGAAAACAGAAUCCGUCAGGACACUGUCGAGGAAAGUUGAGGUUGUCAACAAGACUGAAUCACGAGUUGGUACUGAGCCAGUGACCGAGCCAUCCGGUGGUGGUGUGAUCCGGUCUGUGAAGGAGAAUAUAUUCAUUGUAAGAGACAGGUUAGAGAGGGGAAAGGAAGGGAAGCCUCUGAAGAAGUUUGACCCGCUGAGUGGAUUCGAAGAGAAGUGUCCACCAGGUGGAGCUGACUCGGUUGUGCUGUACACGACGUCGUUAAGAGGGAUACGAAGGACAUUUGAUGAUUGUACACGUGUCAAGACCUUAUUUGAGCUGCACCAUGUAGUGUUUGAUGAGAGAGACGUGUCGUUGCACGGUGAGUUUUUGAACGAGUUGAGGGAUUUGGUGGGGGAAGGAACGAGUGUGCCCAGGGUUUUUAUCAAGGGAAGGUACAUAGGAGGAGUUGAUGAGGUGGUUGAGCUGAACGAGUCGGGUCAACUCGGGAGGAUGCUGGUGUGGGCACGUGUGGGACGAGUCGAGGGAAGGCAAGCGUGUGAAGGAUGUGGGGAUGCUAGGUUUGUGCCAUGUUUGGAAUGUAGUGGGAGUUGCAAGGUUUUGAUUGAUGGGGCCAAGGAGAGGUGUGGAAAGUGUAACGAGAAUGGGCUGGUUCGGUGUCCGACUUGUCUUUAGGGGUGUUUUCGUCUUCUGAAGGAGAGGAUACAUAAGAAAAUCCUUCGAGCUUGGUGUCUCUAUAGUUUGCUAAUUUGGAUUUGAUGUGAUUGUGGGCAAAGGGAUGGUGGGGGGCGCCGAGUGGGCGGGCGGUGAUGGCCGUGCUUUUUAUUCUUCAAGUUUGUAAUUGAUGUGUUCCAUGUUUGUUGACUUCUGAAAUUUGAUUGCCAGGAACAGAGAUAAAAGGAAUUGUAUAUUAAAUAA